ACAUCUACACAGAAUUAUGGAAAUAACAUGCUUCAUUUAUAUGUUCAUUUUUACAAGAGCUAUAGAGGGUCUACACGUAUCUCUUUCACCUUCUACGACGUCCUACACGGUGACAGAAGGAGAUAACAUAGCGGCAAUAAUCUGUUCUGCCACGUGUUACCCGGCCUGUACGUACACCUGGUCCAGAUCAGGAUCAAGGGUCAGUUCUACAGCCACACUGUACCUCGGUCAGAUUGAGAGAAGGGAGGCCGGAUCAUACAUAUGUACGGCACGGAACCCGGAAUCAAGUGUUUCAAAAAAUGGGCCAGUCGUGAACGUCAAUGUCAUAUAUGGUCCAGACAUCGUAUCUUUGUCACCUUCUAUCACGUCCUACAUGGUGACAGAAGGAGAUAACCUAGCGGCAGUAACGUGUUCUGCCACAUGUUACCCAAACUGUACGUACACAUGGUCUAGAACAGGGGUUACGGUUUGUUCCACAGCAACUCUAAACUUCGGUCAAAUUGAGAGAGGGGAUGCCGGAUCCUAUAGCUGUACGGCGAGGAACCCGGUGCUAAAUGGUUCAAAGAAUGGAACUGUCGUGAGCGUCUAUGUCACAUACGGUCCAGACAACGUGUAUCUGACUUCAAACCAGACUUUCUACACGGUGACAGAAGGACACACGCUGGAAGCUAUAACAUGUUCUGCUAUCUGUUAUCCGGCAUGUACAUACACAUGGUCCAAAUCACAAAGGACGGUCAGUUCAAAUAGAACGCUAAACCUCGGUCAGGUGAAGAGAAGCGAUGCCGCAUCUUACUUAUGUACGGCAAAGAACCCAGCUUCAGGCAACAUACAAAGUGGAUCAGUAGUAAAAGUCAUUGUCAAAUCCAAGCCGACGCAACCAACAGAACAGAAUCUGACAAGUUUGGGCAAUAUCGCUACAUUUGAUUGGAAAAAAGGGUACAAUGGAGGACAUGAACAGACUUUUGUUUUGCAGACGUCGCUUAAUUUAGAUGUUUCAUGGACGAAUAAAACCAUAUUUAUUGAAUCGGAAACACAGUAUAUAAAGGAAAAUGAAAGGUUUCAAGUAAAUUUAACUAGCCUAGUUCCAGGAAUAUAUUCCGCUAGACUGAUAGCUUUUAACAUUAUUGGAGCUGCUGCUCCUGUUGAUUUCAAAGAGCAAUUUGAAAUCAAGGAAUUGAAUGAAGAGAAGCAAAAACCAUCAAACCUGGCUUUGAUAGGAGGAGCAGCAGGAGGAGGCAUUGGAGCAAUUUUGCUGGCUGUUGUUGCAGUUGUUGCAGUUGUUGUAUUUCUAAAAAAGAGAAAGGCACAGAAAGACAUAAACGAACUGAGUGACAACAAAGAGAUGACCAAUGUGGAGAUUUCUGCAGGAGACAAAUCACAGACAAAGCGGGUCAAUAAGGAUGGACUCGUGAAUGCAGACCUUUUGCAGGGGAUGAUUGAUAUCCACGACAUUGAGGGUGUAAAAGAGUAUUCCGAAGUGGUUAUAACAUAGCUGAUCCAUUGCCAGAUAAUGACGACCAACAUGAUAACUAAAAUACAUGAACAUAAUUAAAUCGUUUGUACACGGCGUUCUAACUGUGAAUUCAUACUUUAAUUAUAUAUUUCCUUUCUUAGUAUUCUGUCGUAGUAUGCAAAUAUUAUUAUUUCGUUUAUGUGUCGUCUGCGAGAAAUUGCAGAUAUUAAUAGCUUCACCAUCGUUGUAUGCCGAUCAAUAUUUUGAGAAUAUAUUGUAGUUGAUUGUUUAACUUUGUUUGCAUAUUUUCAUGGUCAGUAGAUGACGCCUAUUGAUAUGCGGUUUAGUGGGUCAAAAGUCUAUGUCAUUGUGUCCUUCAAUGAGCCCGAUAGGCGACAAAUCCGAUUCACGGGUUUCUUAUUAAUAAAACUUGCCAUUUCUUUUUAUAUUCCGAAUUACUGUAAAGGAAUUGCAUAUGUCUGCUCAUCAGGUGGAUAUGAUUGAUCACCAAUUGGGCCUGUAUUAUUAGUGUAGUAUAUCAGUUUUGACGUAUAAUUGUAAUUGCUGUUUAAAUAUUGAUAUCAAUUGAUAUAUAGUUCAGUCUUCCGUUUUAUAUACAUUUAUCUUAAUUUUUCUGCUUCACACUUCUUUACUGUCACAAUUAUUUAGCUUAUCGUUUCUUUAAAAUUUAAUUGAAUGCAUUAUAGCGUUACGCCAUUUGUACAGUAUUUUAAACCCAUUGUUUUCAAUGUUAUAUGAAUCAAUUCAUAAGUUUAUGUAAAUGAGUUUUUUAAAUUGGUUUUACUUCUAAGCCAAGUGAUAAUCUAGUGGUAUAUUACUUCAAGUUAUCAUUUGUUUUGUUAUUUACAUACAAAAAACCUGUCAAUAACCAUGGACAAGUCAAAAUGAAUAAUUCUUUGUAGGAAAUUAAUUGUAUUUUAAUAUGAUUAUUCAAUUGUGAUGUUUUGUUGAGUGGUACAGGACAUGCAAAAAAAACAAAUAGGUUGAGGCAUAGGUUAUUCCUUUUCUAUGUUGCUGAUGUAUCAACUCUUGAAGAUCAAUUGCAUAAUAAAAAUU